UUUCUGCUCGUCCACUUCAACCCAGAAACCCUUUCUGCCAUAUUCCCAGUUUCCGGAUUUCAAUCAGUGUCUAAGCUUCUUAUAAGAAACUCCUGAUCUGUAUUGUUGCAUUUGCAUGAACUUUAUUUGGAGCAGAGAAUAAGGUAAGGUGGUGUUUCACUUGUCCUUGAGCGCAGGCUGUUGCGCGCGGUUUCGUUGGAGACAUAUUCUGUUCUAAUAGAGACAUUUGCUUCGUGUUUUUUUAGUUUUUUUUAGCGAUUUCUGUUUAAGUUAGACAGCCGCGUGCAGGCAGCGAUCGGCACCAUGGAGAGCAGCGUGGUGCACAUCUUCAAAGAGGACAUGUGUCCCUCGGAGGACUGUUUUCCAAACUUCACCGAUCUACCCGGCUCCUCAGACGUCUUCAACUACACCUCCAACGGCACCUGGGACGCUGAACCCGAGCCCAUGUCGCCCAUCAUCCCCAUCAUAGUCGCGUUGUACUCCGUGGUGUUUCUGGUGGGCUUGGCGGGCAAUUGUUUGGUGAUGUAUGUCAUCAUCAGAUACACCAAAAUGAAAACAGCCACCAACAUCUACAUCUUCAACCUGGCUGUGGCCGACGCUCUGGUCACCACCACCAUGCCUUUCCAGAGCACCGACUACCUGCUGAGCUCAUGGCCGUUUGGCGAGGUGGCGUGCAAAGUCUUCAUCUCCAUCGAUUAUUACAACAUGUUCACCAGUAUCCUCACCCUGACCAUGAUGAGCGUGGACCGCUACGUGGCCGUGUGCCACCCCAUCAAGGCCCUGGACUUCCGCACGCCCGUCAAGGCCAAGAUCAUCAACGUGAUCAUCUGGCUGCUGUCGUCUGCUGCCGGGAUCCCCGCCAUGAUACUGGGCAGCACCAAGACCAAUAACGAUGAAGCAAUUAUAGACAUUAUAGAGUGUGCCCUGCAGUUCCCUGAACCCUACAGCUACUGGGACACCCUGAUGAAGAUCUGCGUCUUCAUCUUUGGCUUCGUGGCACCCGUCAUCAUCAUCACCGUCUGCUACACGCUGAUGGUGCUGCGUCUGAAGAGCGUGCGCCUGCUGUCGGGCUCACGAGAGAAGGACCGUAACCUCCGCCGGAUCACCCGCCUGGUCCUGGUGGUGGUCGCCGUCUUCGUGGUGUGCUGGACGCCCAUCCACAUUUUCAUCUUAGUCAAGGCUCUGUCUGGCAACGUUCCCGAGACCACCGGCGUCAUGGCCGCCUACUUCUUCUGCGUGGCGCUGGGCUACACCAACAGCAGCCUCAACCCCAUCCUCUACGCCUUCCUGGACGAGAACUUCAAGAGGUGCUUCAGGGACUUCUGCUGCCCCGGAGUCAAAGGACACAGAGACUCUCAUGGGGUGAGCCGGGUGAGGAGCACCCUGCGGGACCACUCGUGUCCCACAGAGGCCCGGGGGGAUGGGAGGCAGGCCCGGCCCGUAUGACUAACCAUGGACACGUCCUCCAUGCCCUGUCAGAGCUGGGAGGACUCCAACGACCUGCUGACUCAAGUCACCACUGCCACCUGAGGGAGGGGCUAAAGCCAGGGCUAGCUUUUAUUUAUUUAUCCAGCGUGAUGCUCAGAUACUCCACAGCCAGGUUUACUUAAAGGUCAAGUGUGUAGGUGUUAGUGUCAUAGUGAGGAGGAGGCAACCAUCUGAUUAGAUAAGUGCAGGAAUGAGUCCUUAAACCC